GCUUUAUCAUACAGUACAGUUCGUUGUUUUUGUGUUGUCGAGAUCGUCGAUGGUUUACAACAAGCUUGACCUUUUGCUGUUACAGUAGGUUAGACAGCGCGUUAGUCGCAGCUUUUCUGGUCGGGUCGCUGAUAAAAGGCGACUUGAUCUCGCUCAUAUCUGCGUCUGUGUGAAAUCACUGGAAAGGGAUGCCGCUGCGGACAUACUCCGACGGACUCAAACAGUCUUUGGAUUCCAUCUCAUCACAUUUAAUCGGCAAGAGCAGUUUUUCUAUAAGUUCAGACGACCUCAGAGUAACUCAUCCUCGACCGAGUGCGUGUGAAAGAUGUUUAGUAGCGAUUGUGAAUUAAGAGUUCGGCUGUGAAACGACGGUAGGAGCAGCAAAAGCUAACGGUCGACAACAAAAGCGGAGUUCUCCAAACUGCGUCACCGAGGAUUCAGCUCGAUUAAGAAGACGACGUCUGCAGUCCGCGGCUGACUUCUGAACCCAGUGUUUUCUGCCUGUGCGGGAGAUAUUGCUCGAGACGAGAAUGAAACUGCUGGAAAACUCCAGUUUUGAAGCCCUCAGCUCUCAACUUUGUGUUGAAAUGGGAGAGUCGCGAAUCCUUGGCAGGAUUGAGAGCUACUCCUGUAAGAUGGCAGGGGAUGACAAACACAUGUUCAAGCAGUUCUGCCAGGAGGGGGAGCCACACAUCCUGGAGGCUCUUUCUCCCCCUCAGUCCACCAGCACCACCAGCCCUUCACAGCUGGGGAAGAGCAGUGAAGACGGGGAGAAUCCUUUGAGUGACAAGUGUUGCAGGAAGACUAUAUUCUACCUCAUCACCACGCUCAACGAGUCUUUCAGACCAGACUACGACUUCAGCACGGCACGCCCCCAUGAGUUCAGCCGAGAGCCCAGCCUUAAUUGGGUGGUAAAUGCUGUAAACAGCAGCUUGUUCUCAGCUGUUGGAGAAGAGUUCAACUCCCUGGGCCCGGAGUUGUGGAAUGCCAUGGACCAAGAGAUAAACUUGCAGAGCUGUGACAUUUACAGUUACAACCCCGACCUGGAUUCUGAUCCGUUUGGGGAAGAGGGGAGCCUCUGGUCCUUCAAUUACUUCUUCUACAAUAAGAAACUGAAGAGGAUUGUCUUCUUCACAUGCAGAUCUGUCAGUGUGUUGAGUGGGUAUGGUGGCGAUUGUCCUGACAACGAGCUAGACAUGGAGCUGGAUGACGAAGAGGAAAUGGAUGGUGUCACAGAGGACAGGUGCCCCAGAGCUCUCUGUGUGUGAAUUUUUCCAGCUGUUGCACCUUGGCCAAAGAGCAUACCGGCCAUUCUUCAUCAUCAGUACAUUUUUCGUUCCACGUUUUUCCUUUUGAUUACGCUGCCUCAUCCAAAGCCUCUCUCACGUAUGGGACUGUUGCAUGUCUGAAGUCUUCUCCUCUGGUGGUGGUAGAGCUUCACACCACACAUGGACAUUUUGUCAAAGACCACAUGGUAAUUUCGAGCUCAUUCGUUGUGCUUGUUUUAAGCUCUUAACAGAAAUACGCACUCUCCUGUCACAUUUCCAAA